AUGCCUAUCAAUCCCGUAGACCAGGGGAUGAUCGACGCCGAGCGCGAUGCAUCUCCUCAGCAAUACCAGCAGCGCGCCAGCGGCGAGAUUGAGCGCGUCCUGUCUGCUUCCACCGUCUCAUCAUCCUCAUCCUCCUCCUCGAACCGCCGACGGAGCAACUCUCUCGCCCAGCCCUACAACACCAUCAGCCGCAUCUCGACCCAACGCGACCUAGAGCGUCACCCCACGGCGCUGAGCCGUAUCGCGACCGCCCGCAGCCAGCACAAUGCCACCGUCGGUGGUGGUGUGCGCUCCCGCACGAGCUCUCGUGCCUCCCGACAUCCCCUCCCUGCCUUUGGCGCCGGAAAGCCGUAUCCCCCUCCGCUGCCUGAGCAGGAGGAGUAUGUCGUCGAGUUUGAUGGCCCCGAUGACCCAAUGCAUUCGCAGAAUUGGCCGUUGAGGAAGAAGCUCAUCACUGCUGCUGUGCUUGGCUUCACCACCAUGACUUCCGCCUUCACAUCCUCCAUCUUCUCCGCCGCUACUCAGAUUGUCGCCAAGGAGUACCACGUGGGUACCGAGGUUGGUCUUUUGGGAACAACCUUUUACGUUCUUGGUUUCGCUUUUGGACCUUCGCUCUGGGCUCCUCUCUCCGAGUUGCGAGGUCGACGUCUUCCUCUGCUCAUCUCCAUGUUUGGUUUCUCCAUCUUCUCCAUUGGCUGUGCUACUGGCAAGGAUAUCCAGACUAUCCUUCUCUGCCGAUUCUUCAGUGGCUUCUUCGGUGCUUGUCCUCUUGCUGUCGUCGCUGCUGUCUUUUCCGACAUGUUUGACAACCGAACUCGAGGAACAGCCAUUACACUCUUCUCAAUGGCCGUCUUUACUGGUCCUCUGCUCGCUCCCUUCAUUGGUGGCUUCAUCGUCGAGUCUCACCUCGGCUGGCGCUGGACUGAGUACCUUCCCACCAUCAUGGGUUUCACCGCUCUGAUUCUCGACUGCAUCUUCCUCGAGGAGACCUACCCCCCUGUGAUUCUCAUCGAGAAGGCCGCCGAUCUGCGACGACGCACCAAGAACUGGGGUAUCCACGCCAAGCAGGAGGAAAUCGAGGUUGACUUCAAGGAGCUCGUCCAGAAGAACUUUUCUCGACCUCUGCGUCUGCUCUUUACCGAGCCCAUUAUUCUGCUUCUCUCCAUCUACAUGAGCUUCAUCUACGGCCUGCUCUACCUCUUCCUCACUGCUUAUCCUCUCGUCUUUGUCGGUGUCCACGGCUUCAACAUGGGCGAGUCUGGCCUGGCCUUCUUUGGCAUGAUCUGUGGUCAGCUCAUUGCUGGUGCUUCCGUCAUUGCUCAGCAGCCCUGGUACCUCCGCAAGCUUGCGGCCAACAAUGGCAUUCCCAUCCCUGAGUGGCGUCUUCCCAACGUCAUGGCUGGUGGUGUUUCUUUUGCUAUCGGUAUCUUCUGGUUCGGAUGGACUGGAUACACUCGCAGCGUCCACUGGAUCGUCCCCGCUCUGAGCGGUCUCUUCACCGGUUUCGGUCUCAUGUCCAUCUUCCUUCAGUCUCUCAACUAUCUCGUCGACGCCUACCUCAUGUUCGCCGCCUCUGCCAUCGCUGGUAACACCUUCCUGCGAUCUCUUUGCGGUGCUGGAUUCCCUCUGUUUGCUCGUCAGAUGUUUGAGGGUAUGGGUAUCCAGUACGCUGCCACUCUCCUCGGCUGUGUUGCUGCCGUUCUCGCUCCUAUUCCCUUCAUCUUCUACAAGUAUGGCGCCAAGAUCCGACAGAGGAGCAACUACGCCCCUACCGGUCCCCCCAUGGGUGCUGCUUCUUCGUCCGAGGAAGAGGAGAAGGAGAACCAGAACAACGAGGCUCUCGCGUCGUGUGUGGCUCGACGGGAUAGCGUGACCAGCAACGCCAACAAGGAGACCGUCUAA